AUGGCCACACUCGUGAAAAAAAUCAUUUGCACCGCCAAGGCCCCCGCGGCACUGGGUCCCUACAGCCAAGCAGUGCUGGUAGACCGGACGAUGUACAUCGCAGGGCAGAUAGGUAUAGAGCCUUCCACUGGGCAGCUUGUCUCUGGAGGAGCAAAGGAAGAAGCUAAGCAGGCUUUAAAAAACAUGGGAGAAAUCCUGAAAGCUGCAGGCUGUGACUAUGGCAAUGUUGUGAAGACUACAGUUUUGAUGGCAGACAUGAAGGACUUCAAUGAUAUUAAUGAUACUUACAAGCAAUUUUUCAAGACAAACUUCCCAGCCAGAGCAGCCUAUCAGGUUGCUGCUUUGCCCAAAGGUGCCCGAGUUGAGAUUGAAGCUAUUGCUGUUCAGGGACCCCUCCAAGAUGCUUCAGCCUGA